CUUCAAUUGCUGCACUGCCAACCACUUUUGCCCACGGCUGCAUUCUUUCCUCUGCCUCCAAAAUAUCCUACACUCGAGCCAUGACACUUGUCUAGCCAGGAGGUCGCCAGUACCACCGUCAGACAUUUGUCUCCGUUGCCCUGGCUAGGAGCGGCCCCACGAGUCACGGAUCCUAGAAAGUGAUCCUGACAAGCACUAUCCUUCCUAGCCUGCGCUUUGACGUCCCAAACCCAUACCACAUACAUAUUUGACACUCCUAGACCUUUUCUCCUUCUUUGAGACUCUGUUCAGUGCCACCAUUCCUCAUGUUGGUCACUCCCAAUCUCUGCGGAAACAUGGCUUCACAGCAGCAGCAACAGCAACAUCCUUUUGCUGCAGCUCAAGUGGCCGAGAAGGUGAUGCGGAGAGUGGAAAUUGCAAAGGUUGCUCGAAACCUACAGGACUGUCUAGCCUUUGCAAGUUUCAAGGCCCAGAAUGGCUGGCAAGAUCGGACACUGUCGACGAUUGAGCCCGAAUUCACAGAGAAGCUCAAGAGGAAGAGACCGUUCCUGGAAGAUGACACUCCCUCUGAUGGCUCCUCUGGUUCCGACGACGAGUUUGCCCCCAUGUCCUCAAUUGCAAACAACCGGUUCUCGAGACCUUCCCAUGCUACCUUCAAGGUCCCUCAGCCUCCUUUUGGUGCGAGAAAGAGAGUCCGGUCGUCGUCGACUACUGGUCUGGACAGACAUCCCAGCAGCAUGACAUGGAAGCAUGACACUCGCUUAGCACAAUCCUCGCCUGUCUUGGGCCGCACACAGUCUUUUCAGGAGCAUAGCGUCUUUCAUACCGACCCUCUAGGCCUGCCGCACUCUUCCAAUGACGACUCUCCUAUGUUUGACGUUCAUUCUGACGACGACGAUCAUGACCUUCCUAUGCCAUCCUUUGCGAACGAACCUUCCAGCAGCAUCUUAUCCUCGUCUCCUCCUCGAACACCACCUCCUACCAAACGUUUACUCAAUGUCAAUGGAAAGCAAGCUGGAGCUGACCUCCUUUUGUAUCUGGCGAAUUCACCAUCUCGCUCACCAGCCAUCAACAUUCACCGAAGCUCUGUCUCAAAAGAACCACCCUCUACUCCUCCUUCCCAACACUCCCACCUACCAUCCUCGGUCAUGACGACUCCGGGAACACAUUUGGGAUUAUUCAACGGUGCACUACAAACCCCCGGCCAAAAUUUCAACCUCGCCGACUUCUGCAAUGUCACCCCUUCACCUGCGCAGGCUCAAUGGGGCGGUCGAACUCCAAGCAUAGCAAAGACCCCAAGUCGCUUCACUCGAAGAGGAUUGAAUUUCGAUACACUUGCGCCUUCGGAAAGCCCAACGGUACAACGCAAGGCACCAACCAGCCAAGGCCUCGCGCUACAGCUCGGUGACGAACUCAUCCCGAGGUCUUGAUAUUCCCCCCCGUACUCGAUGCAGCCACUAUUAUGAUAAACUAAAAACGAACGACACCCAUCAACGGUGCCAUGAACUACUCGAACUGUCACGAAUAGCAUACAACAAUUGUCUUUUGCUAACGACACAUGCAACGAUCAGAACGGCGUACAUUGUUUUGAGUCAAUACAAAAUGGCUCGGGAAUAUGCAAUGCAAGGCUGAUUUGGAUUGAAUUGAAUUGUCUUUACUUGCCAGUAUUCUGCAGGGAGCCGGAUCUCAGCAAAACUGCCAACGGAGGAUUUUGUAGGGACUUUGCUGUCCAUUGCCUACUUUGCUUGUUGUUUGAGCUCGUGCAUUUCACUGCGCUACAUGCAGCGUGUUAUUGUCCUCAUUAGUAUGGUCAAGAGGCCACACUGCUGCUAAUUGUUACUGUCGGUAGGUAGCUGAAAGUAUAUAGUCUACAAUCAAUCAAUGAAUAAAUCAA